UGAGUAGUUAUUGUUAAAUCUAGAAUAAGGUUACAGCUCAACUCAGUUGUGUAAAGUGCGAAUGGAUUUGAUUUGGCUGCCUGACUGCUGUCCACUAAUGAAGCUUUGGCUGCUGCAUGUCUAAGCACUAAUUGGGUACAUUGAAAAAAGCCCCAUUAGAACCCAUACUAACUGUGUCUUGAGAUAGCAGACUUAUUUUUGUAAUAAUAGUGAGUGCUGGGUUCAAGACGGUUGAAUUUUUAGUUUGGCAAAUCCCAUGCGCAUUGGAGCUGGCAGGCUACACUGAAGAUGCCAAUACAGAAGCCGCUUUGGUAAAGCAGUUAAAAGCUGCACAGCUUUAGAUAUAGGAUGCUGUUUUCUGGGGUUGCUGAUGCUGCCCUGUUUAUACACAAUUUUCAUUUUACAGUAUAUUGCUUUCAAUUGCAUUUUAAUCAAAUGCAGGGAAAGCGAGCCUAGUGUAAACACACAGAAACGUCAACUGUGAUUGCUUGACCCCAAGAGCUUUGGUAUUAGGUGAAGAAUUUUAAAACAUCAGCUGUUGAAAUAAUUUAACAUUGUAUAAAUCAUUAACCAUCUGUGGCAGUGGCUGCAAAAUAUUUUGGCAACUUUAAGCCCAGUACUUAGAAAACAUGGCUUGAUAAGCAAUACUGACUCAUCUGUAAUUGCUUUAUAGUGACAGGAGCUCAUAUCUGGCAAAAGAAAUAUUGCAGAGACUAUUUUCCCCUGGUCACUGCGAUAGCUUUUUGCUGAUUAUGAUACAUUUCCCCCCCUUAAAUGUAUGUAUAUAUAUAUAGUUUACUUCCAUGGGCACCAGAAUUAAUCAGUGUGGUCUCAUUUACUUUUGAGGGGGCACUGGCUUGCAGCCUCCAAACACAAAUGUGUUUUUAAAUGGAAAUUUGAUGUGCUGUAGCUUCAAAAUGCAAAGCAGAACCCUCUUUGUCAAUAUAUAUGUAUAUAGAACACUGCAGCUUAAACAUCGACUGUCUUUGCCAUCACUAUGUCACAGUGCUGAUCAUUUUUGACAGAUGUUUGUUAUCUCUUAGGGAGGUAAAGUGUCAUACUGCCUGGUGUAAAAGCAAGUCCCUGCCAGGAUGUCAUCACAGGCAAAAUAAUAUAAAAGCUUUUUCAUCGGGUGUCCAAACUAUAAAUAUAUAUAUGAUAUACAAAGCUAAUAAUUAUUAUAACAGUAAAAUACAACAACUGCAACAUCUGCUAAUAAUACCAUCGUAAAACAAUUAUAUUGAGCUGCAAAGUCAAAAAGAUUAAAACUUAUUUCCAUUUCCCACAUUUUGAUUGUUCAGCUGAACAAAGAGGGAAGAUGUGGAGAAUUGGAUCCAUUAGAGUCCUCUAGCUGAAUGUAAAUUAUGACAUUAGAAGCAAUAAAAUAGCUUGGAUCUCCCAGUAAACACUAGUGUCUGAAGUACCCUGGCUGCCAGCAUAUGGCUUCAAACGAGACACAGCUCCCACACCUACAAUCCAUCCACAAAUCAUUACUGGCCUAAUGAGCAACAUCAAACCCUGACAUUACAACAUGUUACUACUACCUCCAUGACAACUAGGAUGGCAGAAAAAAGAGCAAUCCGUCCUUGGCUUUUCCUUUUCCUUUCCUUUAUACAGGUUUCAUACCCUGAAACUAUAUCAACAAUCCUAGCACUCCAGAGGCUGGAAUUUGUACAGUUUCUGCUUUGUCUCUGCUGGUUCAUCUAAGUGCAGGAUGAUGAUAAUGCGUGUUAUUUUACAGUAGAGGAUUGUAUCUACCCUCGCUAUCUCAGUGGCCACACAGUGUUCAAUUACAUUGAUUUUUCCCCCCCCCUUCUUCCUUUGUUGUCCAGCUGGAUAGUUUAUAGGCUUUGAAGGUGCACCAUGGAAAAGAAGGCAAGAAACACAGGGGCGUACCUGAUAUCACUUUAUUACCAGAGAAUCUGAAAACAGCACAAAAGAAGAUGAAAAGAAUUUAAAAUGACCACAUUAACAUAUUACCCUUGUCUAGUAAGAGCUUUGAAAUCCCAAAUUAUAAUUUUUUUAACCUAAAAUAUAAAGGUAGAAGGACACCUGUAAUUACAUAACCCUGAAAAAAAUGCACAGAUGUCAAACAAGACAUCCUUGUUUCCUUUUUCCCGUCUCCACAGUAGUCAUUGUUGAGAUGCAAAUAUCAGUGUUGCCCAAAAUAAUGUUCCUCUUUUUUUGUGAUAAGAAACUUUGCAUUUAUUGUAAGAUUAUGUUAAGGAUAAAAAAGGUGAGAUUGUCACAAAUGUAAAAUGGAUACAUGUAUUGUGAAGUUUACAUUCACCUGUCACAAUUAGUGUUUACUGUGCAAUUACACCAUUGGACUGAUGGCAGUGUCAUCACCAUAGACCAUGCCUGGCAUGAAAAAUGCAAAAAUAAAGCGAUUACAAGUGUAACAUGAGUAAAGUUGUGAACACAGUACCGUGCUUGUUAGGAUAAUUAGUAUUAGAGAAAGCAUAGGUUGAGCUCUUACUGGCAUUCACAGAGCUAUUUUGAGACAUGUUAGGCAUUGUCUUAAUGGAAAGUCUGAGAAAUGUAUGCCUAAGUAGUGUUCUCCUAUGACAUGUAAACUGCAUUAUUAUGAUACAUUAUAUGCACAGAGUGAGACUUGCAUAAUCAGCUUAACUGCAAUGUUGCUCUAGUUGAAAUAUUAGUAAGAUGUGUUAUUAUUUUAAUGCAUGCAGAACGUGAAAGGUUUUAUGAUGGGACUCCAGGUUUGAUUGAUGAUCUAUCAGUUUUGUUCAGAAUUAAACAACAGCUCAACUCACUGUAAAUAUACUGAAAUUUUGUAUUGACAUUGUCUGUGGAGAGAAAAAUCCUAAUGACGCAGGUGAUCCUGUGAUGUUCAGUCUUGUUGCCAACAAUGUUUUUUUUUUUACUCAUCCAGGAAAAUGUUGCAGAACUUGGCACAAAUAUUCAAACAUUUUUUUGAACUGCAAGUUCAGUAUUUUCACUUGAAAUUGAAUUGAAUGGCCAUCAGCAGUUUUAAUCAGUUACAUAGAUAUGGCCAGCGGGCACCCUCUCCCACGAAACUUGGUAUUCAGUUAUCGUCCACUGUAAUCAGUGAUAAACAGAAAUCAGCUCAGCUUAUAAGUCUAGAAAAACCUUUAGCUGUUCUGUGAUGAAGUGCAUGUAGAACGGCAUGUGGUAAAUGACAAAAUUCAGCUUGGAAACACGUUGCUUGCUUACUAAAGAUUGUCCAUUCAUUUUCUUCUGCUUACCCCAGCUGUCAUAGGGCCAAAGAUGAGGUACACCCUGGAGUGGUUGACCGCCUUCUGCAGGAGAGACACGCUCACAUUCAUUCCUAUGGCCAAUUAAGAAUUCCCAAUUAAUCUAGCAUGGUUAGGCUUCAAAAGAGCAACAACCUGGAAUAUCCAGGCAGAAGCCAUAAACUAACAGGGCAAACAUGCAAACCCCACCCAAAGAGGCCUGCUGGUGGAUUCAAAUCCAGGACCAGCUUACAGUGCAGCGCUAAACUGCUGCAUCACUUUCUCUGAAGGUUGUAGGUUUUUUUCUUUGUGUUUUUUUUUUUUACAGUAUUUUAUACUGAACCAAACAGCCUAAAAUCAACCAAUAAGCAGUAAGCAAUUUCAUAAGCAAAUGUGAUUCAAAUCAUUCAAGUCCAAAAGAUAUUUCUUAAUCUCCUGGCUCAUGUGUGACCAAUGUCAGCACCACUCCUGCCAGUGGAGACACUACACUCAUUACGGAGGAACUUCUCCCCAGUGGAAGGUGUUAUAAUUUUCCACUGAUCCUGCAAAUAAGUGGAAAGAGCCCUCCUACAUGUGAUAAGUAUUGGACUGAUAACAGCUGAUAAUGGCCAUUUAUGAAGUGAGCUGAUAACAUUCAAAACAGGUCACUAAUGACAUCAGCCUCCCCUGUAUUUUGUAUCAUUGAAUUUUGAACAUGGUUAACAUUUUUGCAGAGAAACAUCAAUGUGAGGAUAUUUCAAAUGUAUCCAAGGAAAGCUUUAGACUUGCUACCCAGGCUCUGGGCAAUUAGGCAUCUCUUUUCUAAUUUUAUUCAAUAGUAUGUGAGAUAAAUAUAAUAUGCAGGCAACCUUAUGUUAUAUAAAAGUUCUUUAAUAGUAGUGCUACAGUUCUGAAACAUUAGACGCUGACCUUUCUUUUACCAAAGGUGUAUGUGCUCUGCCACCUUUCUCAAAGCUUUUCUCAAAGGAGCCCUGGACAGCCGUGUUCAGACACAGAAGGUUAUUGUCUAUAUGGCUUUAUGAAGUCAGGGCAGUCAUUCAAAAGAAAAUUUUAAAGACCAUUCAGAUGCCUGUUGUCACUGGAUUGUGUAUUGAUAUUGACAAGUCACUCAAAUAUGCUUAUGUUUUGUUAUUUUAAUGUUCAAAAUGAUAUUUAAAUUGUGUUCUAAUUUGUAAUCCUUUUGCACAGCAUAGUUUAAAAAUCCCCAUUAAGCUUAUAUUUAUGCUAAUAAAUCCAAUUCAUUUAUACUUUAAAUACUUUAACAUACUUAAUUUCAUUGUUGUUUAUCUCACGGUUAUGCAUCAAAUCAAGUUUAUUACUGUGUUGAUUUAUAUGUGAUUGAAAUACAUAAUCCUUCACAUUAGUCCCAAUAUUUUUGUAUUGUUGUCUUUUUAUCUUUAGCAUAAUGUUAUUGCACGCAUAUGAACAGGAACAUUGAUAAUUCGCAGUUGCUCCUACUUUGUGCUGAAAGGCCAUUUCAAGUUCUAUUUUUUUCAGAACACAUUACACCUGUUCAUGAAUAUAUGCAUAUCUCAUCAGCCACACUUUGCAAGAGGCAGUUUUCAUGCUCACAAGCAUUGUUGUAUUGCAUGUGAAUGCAGGGCUCGAGUUGACGUGCUUGUAUAGUUUAAUACUUACACUCAUUGCUGCAAAUUGAAUGUAGUUAGUAAGUGGCGCUAACUUUUCAAAAUGAAAUUCAUUUCCAGGCACAGUCAUUUUCUUGUUUAGUUAUUACUUCAGAUGCAGACAAAAUAGGACCAUCUUCCAAAUGUAUUUCUGAACAUAUCUUUGUUAGACGUAAUGGGUUAUGAAUGUGAAAUGAAAAUAAUCACAAAUUGGUUUCCAAGGUUGUGUCAGUUAAUUAGCACCUGCUUAAGUGGUCAGUAGAGAUGUCCACGUCGUACUGUGGGAUGAGGCUGUGAACAGCAUCAAAAGAGCGCCCAUUACCCAAAAAUGUUCUGAGUAAUAGUGGAAAUUAUUGAAAGUGUUUCACAGGGGCACUCUAAAGGCUGCAUAAUGCAAAACAAAACAAUGCAACAAAUUAGCAAUAUUACACAAUACAUAAAGUAAAAAAACCCACAACAAUAACAGUAAUAAAAUGGAGAAUUAAUAUGAGCUGAUUUAGUUUAGUACAUAACAAGAGCACAAAUGAAAUCUUAAGGAGCAUCACUGCCAUGUUCUCUUUUUUUCUUUUUAAGAAGAGGUCUUUGUGCAGGAAAUGACUACUUAUAUUUGCUGCUGGUAGAAAAAGAAAUCUCAUUAGCAGUCGAGCUUCAUGCUCUGCAAAAUUGUCAGUGACAUCCUUCUCUCCUGCCCCCUGAAGACUUGUUACAGUGUUCAGGGCAACUUGUGAAGGCAUGGCAGUGUAAACUGAUGUUUGAACUGUGACAUGAAUGCAGACAGAGAGGCGGUAUUAUUUUCUAGAAGAGACAUCUUUCUCCUCGAACAAUGGCCCCCUUCUUUUUCAUUCAGAUACUCUUAUUUGAUAUUGCAUUGUCGCGCUGUCUUCAAAAGUGUCACAUAGCAAUUACACACUUGUAAAGACCUAUAGGCUGUGCAGUUCAGACAUUUGCACAUUAUGCUCACUUGUUGGCUGAUAUGCAGGGAAGGUCUGGUGUUUGUUCUUUCUUUGAUCUGUUUGUCUCACGUCCAAAAAGAUGCACUGGAAUUUGUUAGGCUGGCCUCCUACUCUUCUCUUUGUCAGCAUAGUCUCUGCUACAGCAGUAUUAUUUGACUUCAGGUUUAUUAGCAGGGUUCAGUUGUGAAUAGCUGCUUACAGCACAACAGAUGAUUCACCAAUUUUUCAUUACUCAUUCUGACAAAUGCUGAAACUAGUAUUACUGUCUGACACAAAUUCCUGCCACAAUGUUUUCAUAUUCUUUCUCAAACAAUGCAAGGUAGUGAUCACAUUUAAGGUCACUGCUAUCUCACAUUGUAUUGGGGUAUUUGGCAAGGAUUUCUUUUUUAUCUCCUCUCAAGCAAUACCAUUUAUCUUAUCCAAUCAUCUCCCCUUACAGAUCAAAUAAUGUUAUAUACUUACUUUAGUCAGAUCUAUGCGCUCCUGCUUCUUUUCAUACAGGACUUUUUGCUGCUAUACCCAACAUUCACAGUCUCAAUUUUUACUAAGCUUGAAUUGAGCUUGGGUCUAUAGGCGACUUUCUGUGACAUUUCAAUAAACAAUUUCUUAGUCUUUAUUGACAAACCCUGUCAAAGACUGCCAAAGCUGUUCCGCUGUAACAAAAACAUCAGCUAUGACUUAGACACAGUUGCCAGGUACAAUUUUGCUGCACUUAUGGUAAGCUGAAGCUGGUGAACAGAAGGCUUUCCAGCCUACAUUCUGCCUGCCUGUGCAUUUCGUGGUGAAUGGCUACUCUCACUUGCAGCUCCGGAAGGAGUGCCCGUACUGUCAACAUCUGCUGCAGGUCUCAAAGGACCUGCAGGCUGUUGCACUACAGAGAAUGUAUGCUUCUAAUUCAUACAAGCAUUUGGAUAAUGGGAACUCUGUUCCUGAAAAACAGAAAAAUAAAAUUCAUACUCACAUCAUCAAAGAAAGUCAGAGAAGAUGGGUCAUAGUGAAAGGUGUCUUUUCAGGUUAGUGAACGGGGGUCCAAUCUCAUGCUGAAAGCAUGAAUAUAGUAAGUAUGCAUAAAAAAGCUUGUCUGUAUGCAUGAUAAAAAGAUGAUUAAAAUUAGCCUUCAAGCCUACAAACAAAAACAGACACAUUUUCACAGUAGCCAUUACAUACGAGAGGGUCUGUGAUUUCAAAAUUAGAGGUUUGCAAAUUGAUGAGCACUGGUCAGUGGACAUUCAGAAAAGGAGGAUGGCUGCAUCAAUGGGAUCGUGGUGAUGAAUUCUAGUCUGACAGAGCAAGUGUAAAAUUGAUUCGAAUUAGACACAGAGAACAAUUACAUGUUUUGUGUGGACACUAUCAGUGUGCACGAAACAAGACUCAUUUUCUCAUUUAUUUAGCUAUAAUCCUGUGUUGCAUACCCAAAGGCACAAUACAGUACCUUACUGCAGGAUCUCACGGUACAAAGCGCCUUGAGGCGUCCGUUGCUGUGAUUUGGCACAAUAUAAAUAAACCUGAAUUAAACUGAAAAGAAGAAUGUGUAAACAAAAGGCAGACAUUUCAUUAUGGUUCUGGACGCGUGUCAGCAUUGUCCAGUCAUUUCACUCAAAGUCAAAAAAAAAAGUUGACUCCUAACUAAUUAUUCUUAUUAACGUAAAAAUAAAGUUUGCUUCUGAAAAAUUGCGCAGCUGUAUGAAUCUUUGCUAUUAGGGGAGAAGAAAAAUCUUAACAAUAAGCAUUAAAGAUAAGAUAUAAGAUAAGAUCAUGAAGAAAAGGCUGCUGAAAAAUCACAAUGGCAUGCAAGAGUGUAAGAAAAAUAACACAUGCCAUGUAUACAACAUCAGUAAAGAUAAGGCAACGUUAAAUAAAAAAAGGAAAUAGCAAACUAAGACAAAAAAUGGUGCUUUAGUUUUACUCCUACUUGCAGAGUUUAAUCCCUAUAUAAAAAAACAAAACAAAACAACACAAAAAACUGCCUCUUUGCCCUUUUGUAAAUGUUAUUGAUUUCUGUUUGGGGGAAAGAGCGCCCUCUACAGCAACCCACAUUUAAUACCCAUUCACGGCUAUUUAAAACCGUGCAGUCAAGCCAAAAGAAGCCAGGUGCACAUUUUAAUUAAAAACACAUUUUUCCAAUUACAGCUGAAACCGUGAACCUAAAAUAAAAAGCGAAGCAAAUGUAGUGAGUUCAAGCAAGCUAAUUAUGGUAAAUUAAAUGGAAAGUUACAAAAGAUAGAAUCAAAGCUUAAGGCUACCUAACUUUAUAUGUUUGCUUAACGCCAGGCUGCAGCACUUGGGAGGUUGAUGGCUUCAUUUUUAUUUUAGCAUUCGGGUCUGGGCUGCUUCCUAAAAUUUUUGUCUUAAGUUGCAUUCAUUGGGAACUCUGGGUACUUUAAAUCUGGAUCUAAGAAGGCUGAGAAGGAAAUAGGAAAAAAGAUGAAUGUUUUCUCUUAAGGUACCUGGUGAGUCUUUCCAAUAAAAUAAUCGGAAUUCACUCUGAAGACUGUGGACCUAAGCAGGCCUGAGGGCUCUGACAUAUACCAAAUCCCUGCCCAGGGGAACAGGGGAGAUUAAAAACUUCUGAUUGAGGUGGAGAGGAAAGAGACACAGAUAGAGGGAAGGAGAGACAGAAAGAAAGCUUAUCGUUCACCUUUGUUCUUUUUAAUGCCCCAAGUGAAAGAUCUCCAUAGGCAUGUCUGUGAAUAACAGCAAACACAAGAGCAGCUGCCCACCACUGUGGUCAGAAGAUGGAGUGAGAGAGUGAGGGAGGAGACGAGAACAGGAUUACAUCCUGUGAAAGAGCCAAGCUCAUAUUCUACUUUAAUUGAAUGUUUGGAAGAAAGGAGAGGCAUGAGAGCAAGCCUUUUCAGUGCCAACUGCUUCAAGAGGUACUGCAAUUAACCCUCUGGCCAUCAUAAAGUAAUACCUGGCUUUUGCUGUUUUCCAAUUGCUGGGUUUGGUUGUACACUGUGGAUGUGUGCUUGGGCCGUGGUCAUGUUUCAGCCCCUGGUGUGUAGACCGGAACGGACCGGCUCUCAAAGAAACGGCCUGAUUCCUCCUCUGUUGCUGCUGCUGCUUCUUUACACCUCCCUUAAGCCCGCUCAGGCGGCCAAACCCAAAGGGCCAGGACACACACAUUUGAACUCUAUUCGCAUCGAUGGGGAUAUCUCCUUAGGUGGGCUCUUCCCAGUACACGCCAGAGGGCACGAUGGAAAGCCGUGUGGGGAGCUGAAGAAGGAGAAGGGUAUACAUAGACUGGAGGCCAUGCUCUUUGCCCUUGACCGCAUCAAUAAUGACAAUAAUCUACUGCCCAACAUCACACUGGGAGCACGAAUCCUGGACACCUGCUCAAGGGACACUCACGCCUUGGAGCAGUCUCUCACCUUCGUGCAGGCUCUGAUCGAGAAGGACGGCACAGAUGUCAAAUGUCUCGGUGGGGGGGCGCCCAUUAUCACCAAACCUGAGAGGGUUGUAGGUGUUAUUGGAGCCUCCUCCAGCUCUGUCUCCAUCAUGGUGGCCAAUAUAUUACGCCUGUUUAAGAUACCCCAGGUGAGCUAUGCCUCCACAGCUCCAGAGCUAAGUGACAACACCCGCUAUGACUUCUUCUCCCGAGUGGUGCCUCCUGAUACCUACCAGGCCCAGGCCAUGGUAGAUAUUGUGAAGUAUAUGCGCUGGAACUAUGUUUCCACAGUGGCCUCAGAGGGGAACUAUGGAGAGAGCGGUGUUGAUGCUUUCAUUCAGAAGUCUCGGGAGGAUGGCGGUGUGUGCAUCUCCCAGUCUGUCAAAAUUCCCCGGGAGCCCAAGCAAGGAGAGUUCGACAAGGUCAUCCGGCGACUCAGAGAAAAUCCAAAUGCCAGAGUCGUCAUACUUUUUGCCAAUGAAGAUGAUAUCAGGCGGCUGCUCCAUGCAGCGAAAAAGGCCAACCAGACAGGUCAUUUUAUCUGGGUGGGUUCAGACAGCUGGGGCUCAAAGAUCUCUCCGGUUGUGCAGCAGGAGGAGAUGGCAGAGGGAGCAGUCACCAUCUUGCCCAAGCGUCAGUCCAUCAGAGGGUUUGAUCGUUACUUCAUCAGUCGAACGCUGGAAAACAACAGAAGGAAUAUCUGGUUUGCUGAAUUCUGGGAAAACAACUUCAACUGCAAACUCAGCCGUCAUGCGGUGAAGAAAGGGUCCGGGCUCAAGAAGUGCACAAAUCAGGAGCGAAUCGGAAAGGACUCGCAAUAUGAGCAGGAAGGAAAGGUACAGUUUGUUAUUGAUGCCGUCUAUGCAAUGGCUCAUGCCUUGCACAACAUGCACAAGGAGCUGUGCCCGGGCAAGGUUGGUCUCUGCGCUAAAAUGGACCCCAUAAAUGGCACUCAUCUGCUGAAGCAUAUUCGUCGUCUCAACUUUUCAGGCAUAGCUGGCAACCCAGUGCUCUUCAAUGAAAACGGAGAUGCCCCUGGACGCUAUGAGAUCUACCAAUACCAGAUCAGAAACCGAACAGCCGAGUACAAAAUUAUUGGUCACUGGGCGGAUCAACUCCAUCUGAAUGUUCGUUCAAUGCAGUGGCCCGGUGGUGUCCGUCAGAUCCCUUCCUCAAUCUGCAGCCAGGCCUGUCGCCCUGGUGAGCGCAAGAAGAUUGUGAAGGGCAUCCCUUGCUGUUGGCACUGCGAACGCUGCGAUGGCUAUCAAUACCAGGCAGACACCUACACGUGUAAGAUGUGUCACUUUGAUUUGAGGCCCAAUGAGAAUCACACAGGCUGCGUUCCAAUCCCCAUUGUUAAGCUGGAGUGGAGCUCUCCGUGGGCAGUCAUCCCUGUGUUUGUUGCAGUCAUUGGCAUCAUGGCCACUUUGUUUGUGGUGGUCACAUUCGUUCGCUACAAUGACACUCCAAUUGUGAAAGCAUCAGGCCGGGAGCUAAGCUAUGUCCUGCUAACUGGCAUUUUUCUCUGCUAUGCCACAACGUUCCUGAUGAUCUCUGCCCCUGAUGUCGUAAUCUGCUCCCUUCGUCGGAUCUUCUUGGGUCUGGGGAUGAGCAUUAGUUAUGCUGCUCUGCUUACCAAAACCAAUCGUAUUUACCGCAUCUUCGAGCAGGGUAGUAUGUCUGUGAGCGCGCCAAAGUUCAUUUCUCCAGCCUCACAGCUAGUCAUCACGUUCACCCUGGCCUCGGUGCAGUUGGUCGGAGUGUGCAUCUGGUUUGUUGUGGAUCCCUCCAAAGCUAUUAUUGACUAUGAGGACCAGAGAACCUCUAACCCAGUGAUGGCUCGUGGUGUGCUCAAGUGUGACAUCUCUGACCUGUCCCUCAUCUGCCUGCUUGGCUAUAGUAUGCUGCUCAUGGUCACCUGCACAGUGUAUGCCAUUAAAACCAGAGGGGUGCCGGAGACCUUCAAUGAGGCCAAACCAAUUGGUUUUACUAUGUACACCACCUGCAUUAUUUGGCUAGCAUUCAUCCCAAUCUUCUUUGGCACAUCACAAUCAACAGAAAAGAUGUACAUCCAAACAACCACACUGACGAUCUCUGUGAGCCUGAGUGCUUCAGUGUCCCUCGGGUUGCUCUACAUGCCCAAGGUCUAUGUGGUUCUUUUCCACCCUGAGCAGAAUGUGCCUAAGCGCACACGGACCCUCAAGGCUGUGGUUACUGCUGCCACCAUGUCCAACAAGUUCAACCCCAAGGCUGGACUCAGACCCAACGGAGAAGCCAAGACCGAGCUGUGCGAAAGCCUCGAAACACAGUCGUUUUCAACAAAGCAAACCUACAUCAGCUACAGCAACCAUGCAAUCUGAAGGACAAAGGAUGUUAUCACGAUUCAGGAUUUCCGUCCCAGCAAAGAAAACAAAACAUGCAGUGGAAUUUCAAGCAUCCGGCAAAAAUAAAUAAAGUCAAAUAAAUUAAAUAGAUAUGUCUUUUUUCCGGGUGGAGAUCAGAGAAAUAUUGCACAAAGACGCGGCAUUGUGUGGAAAGAGCACAUGAGAUGCAGGGAUGGACAAAACUUGGGACCAGAACAGAUAACAGCACAAUUUUAAGGUUCCAUCUUUGGUCUGCCUCAGAAGAAUACAUAAAAGAAAAAUGAAAAUAUUUGCAUGGCAGAGGCCUAUAGACUGAAGGAUGGAGCUUUCCUUUUCUGUGUUUACAUUUCAGCUAUGCCCUCUUUUAAAGACUUCUCCGUCAUCUUUCGCAGCACUGACUGAAACUGAACUACGAGUAAGAAUAUGUUCAGGUUCUUAAUGUCGUUUGCCAGUUUUGUGAAUUAUAAUUAAUCUUCAAAUCCUCAAGGCAUCACAAGGGAUUAAUCAACACCAAAAAGGCAUGCAAACAUGGUCUAUGGAUCUCUGAGAGGGGCUUGUGUUUGUUUUUAUUUCUAAAUGUGUUCUGGUCUCGUGAGUCAAAUGACUGGAAAUAUUGAUCGUCACAACAAUGCAACAGAUCUUUACCAGACUCCAUGUAUUUUGAUUUCCUCUUCUAAGUUGCCGAUGAGUUAAUAAGAAUGACUACACAUAUAAAAUGGUCUCUGCUGAUUUUGAGCAUGCCAGUUUUAACAUCCUGUGUUGUGUUGUUUAAAAAAACAAAAGGGAAAAAAAAGGAAUGCGUUUAAACUCUGUUGCAGUGUUGUUAAAAAUUGUUUGGGCCUAUUGUACGUUAAAAACUGUUCUCAAAUGGUGAAGGUCUAGUGAGUGAUUGUUUAUCUGUGCUACAGUAAGGCCAUGAUUUGUAUUACCAGCUAGCCCAAGGCUGCCACUGCCCUCUGCAUAUCUGUAUGUGCUUUGAAACAGUGGCUCAUGGUUAAAAUAAACAGUGUUUUAGCCAGGAGAUCUCACUGUGAGCUGUUAUCCAGGAUGACCCUACCACCACUGCCACCAGCUAUUCUCACACAUUCAUAGUGUAAGGGUAAAGCUUAGCUGUACAGAUCCAUUAGUAGGGGAAUUAAGAUGAAGUAUGCCCUUGAGAGGAUCAUGCAAUAUACCCUGAAGGUGAUAUCCAUAAUGGACCAGCUACUGAAAAAAAAAAUCAUGUCCUCUUCAGGCACUCUUGUGAUAAGGAGGAGGUGUCAGGAAGUUGUAAGGCAUUUUAGCAAAUGAAAUUCUAAUUGCAAAACUAUACAAUAUCUCUAUCAAACACUCCGAGUUGGCAGAACAGAUUAAGGGUUGGCUCCGUGCAGUAUAAAAGCCCUCUAUUGUCUUGGGGAAAAUAUUGUGGGGUCAUUUGUGUUGUGAAUUCAAUGCUGCUUUUCAUGCCUCCCUCUGUAUUACUUUCAACACCAUUUGUGUUGCAGAAUAAAAUGUGAGUGCUGACCAAAUUAAAUGGUAAGUUAAUGUAUGUUAUUAAAUAGAUUGAUGAUGUCUGCUUUAUGUCCUGACAUAUCUUAAAAUUGGGGAAAAAAUACAAAAGGAUACAGUGCCUGGCUAGCUAUGUAUUUGUUAAACCUCAUGAAAACUAAUGAAGUGUGUGAAGCAUGUUUAGUUUUUUUUUUAUACAAAA